AUCACCAACUCCAAUGCCUCUCCUCUCUCUCCUCUCUCUCUCUCUCUCUGAAUCUGGAAUAUAACCUCAGCAAACCCUUCUAAGGCCAGAGCUUCUAUCUCUCUCUCUCUCUCUCUCUCUCUCUCUCUCAUCUCUCUCUGUUUCUCUAUUUAAAAACCUCACCAUCUUCAUCGCCAACUGUAAGUCUUUGCUUCACCAACAAUCAAACCAUGAAGAAGCUCUACCGAAAGGGAGCGGUUCAUCCGUCACCGCCAAUCAUAUCAGACCACCUGGCCUUUCUUCCCGCCACCAUCCUCACCCUGGCGGCGGCUCUGUCACCCAAGGACAGAGAAGUCCUGGCUUACCUCAUCUCCUGUUCUAACAGCUCCGUCAACUUAUCCUCCUCCUCCUCCUCGUACGCUCCUCCACGUAAUAGGACAACCGCCGCCGCCAAAAAGACGGCAGCAGCAAAGGGCGGCAGCGGGGGCGGUGUGGUUGCCGGGGAUCACCCGGCUAGGUUUAACUGCAACUGCUUCAGGUGCUACACGAGUUACUGGGUCAGAUGGGACGAGUCGCCAAAUCGCCAACUCAUCCACGAGAUCAUCGAUGCUUUUGAAGAUGAGCUGCUGACUGAGAGCAAAGGGUUUUCAUCAAAGACUAGUAGGAAGGAGAGGAGGAACAAGAGUAGGGUUAAUAAUGGCUCGGGCGAGUUGAAGAGGUCCGAGUUGAGUGUGAAAAGGAAGGAGCUGGCUCAGUCUCACACGGCGGAUCAAGAGGCCGGUGGCGGCGGCGGAGAGGUUGAUGAGGAAGACUCGGAAAAAGGGUCAGUGAGAAGGUUUGUGAGCUUUCUUGGAGAGAGAAUAUGGGGUGUGUGGAGUCAAUAAUUAUUAGGUUAAGUUCUUCUCCUUCGCUGAAGACGGUAAUUGAGCUCUAAUAUGGCUUAAUUUGAGGUGGGUUUAGCUAAUUCCAUCUUCUUCAUCUUCACGUUCAAAGAAAAAACUACUUUCUUUUUUUUUUGGCUGCCUGUAAAUUACCCUUUCAUGUUUAUGUAAAAAGAAAAUGGGUAAUUAAAUUUUGACUUUUGGAGUCAUGAUCACAACUUAGUUUCAGUUUUUAUCAUUGCGGUCUAGCACUUAAUUAACAAAUUAUGAAUGUUAAAAAUGUCUGCAUACCGUGUGCUUUUGAAUUAGAUAGUAUAUAUGGUUGGAUCAUUGAUGCGGUA